UGAUGAAAGCAACGCCGUACAGUCCUGUUGUGACUUUGAACCUGAUUUAGCGUCCAGCGGAGUUGACUGCCGAACCCUUCAAAGCAAAGUACACGGUGGGCAGAAAAGCGCUUCCGACUGCCUUUCUUGCAUUGUCCUGGUAGCCUGUGGCGAUAGCUUAAGGAACGUGACUCGGGCCAGAUACCUGUCUCCCACGGGAUACGUUAUCUGUUUUCGCAUGUGGUUGUUUCUUAUGCGGAUAUCCCACUCCUCAAACUCGGAAUACUUUCCAUGUUGGUACGACCACUAAACCAGACCAAAAUGAGUGACUUUCGGCGCGCCGCUUUUAGAAGAAAAAAGUCGUCGCUCAUGGGAUCAUCGGAGGAUCAACAUGAAGAAUGUGAAGAGAGGGCAGCAAGGCCCAGCUGCUUCACCUCUAAGAAGUCUGAGGAGGAGCCGUGUGUUGCGGUGAAGAUCGCUCACACCCAAGCAGUGGGCAGUGAGAGUGUUGGUCAGGUGAGCAACAGCAGGAAAAGCAGCACCAGCAGCAGUGAUCAGAGUCAGGGGGUCAAUGGAAGCAGGUCAGGCCGCCGGCCUCUUCUACAGCCCAAACCACAAGUGCCUCCUAAGCCAGCCCAUCUGCAGAGUCCGGUGACGACUCCCACACACCCCCUGAACCGGACCCCACUGGCCAGAUCUCAGAUGGAGGACCGAGGAGGAGGAGCAGGAGCAGGAAGAGGAGGAGCAGGAGGAGCAGGAGGAGGUGCGGCAGGGAGAGGGCGAGUAGCAGGAAACGGGACAGGAGUUGGAACAGGAGGGGCAGGUGCAAAGGGCAGAGUGCUGGACCUCAUCAGCCGCUUCGAGGAGGGCAGUAACACAGACGGUAAUAAUAAGGUGAGCCCCAGUGGCUCCCCCCUCAAGCAGAUCAGCCGGUCGGCCAACUGCAGCCCGUUGCACAAGGGAACUGGACCUCCUCCUCUGCCCAAGGAAGGGGGCUCAGUGCCAGUCACGCCGCUCCACAAUGCCCCCAAGCCCCCCAAAGCUGCUGCCAACGGUCUGCCAGCGCGCAUGGACGGCGGGGGAGCACACGCAGCGGUCAUGGUGAACGGAGACGCAGGGGAUGACAGCCAGGAGACGGACGGGAGCGUCCUCGACACACUCACCGCACACACACCGCACGAGGCAGAGGAGCAGAGAGGAGAGAGGAAGGAAGAGGAGCAGCAGGAGCAGGAGGAGGAGGAGGGAGCGAGGGACCAAAGCGACGAAGGAGAGCAGCAACAUGAAGCCAGAGAUGACACCACAACCAUGGAUAGAAAGGAGACCAAUGAGGAGAAGCUGUUUAAGAUAGCCAAUGAGCUGCUUCAGACGGAGAGGGCGUACGUGGCGCGGCUCAACCUACUGGACCAGGAGUUUUGCGCUAAGUUAAUGGAGGAGGCCAAUAAGGGCACGUUCCCUGUGGAUGUGGUCAAGGGCAUCUUUUCCAACAUCUCCACCAUAAACACGUUCCACAGCCAGUUUCUGCUGCCCGAUCUGGAGAAACGUAUGGGUGAAUGGGAGUCAACUCCACGGCUGGGUGACAUCCUGCAGAAGCUGACGCCCUUCCUGAAGAUGUAUGCUGAGUACGUCCGCAACUUUGACAAGGCCAUGGAGCUGCUCAAACAGUGGACGGAACGCUCGCCACAGUUCAAAGCCAUCAUACUCGACAUACAGAGUCAGGAGGUGUGUGGAAAUCUGACCCUGCAGCAUCACAUGCUAGAGCCAGUCCAAAGGGUCCCGCGUUACGAGAUGCUGCUCAAGGACUACCUGAAGAAACUCCCGGAAGCUGACCCCGACCGCCCAGACGCACAGAAGUCCCUAGACACCAUUGGCAUGGCAGCCACACACUCCAACAGUGCCAUUCGCAAAUCAGAUAACCUGAAGAAGCUGCUUGAGAUCUAUGAGGUGCUGGGUGAAGAGGAAGACAUUGUUAACGCAUCUAAUGAGUUCAUUAAGGAGGGACACCUGCUGAAGCUGGCUGCACGGAACACCUCGGCCAUGGACAGAUAUCUCUACCUGUUCAACAACUUCCUGCUGUACUGCGUGCCCAAGUUCAGCCUGGUGGGCCAGAAGUUCACGGUGCGCACGCGGAUUGGCAUCGACGGCAUGAAGGUGGUGGAGACCACCAACGAGGACUACCCCCACACCUUCCAGGUGUCCGGCAAAGAGCGCACGCUCGAGCUGCAGGCCAGCUCUGAGCAGGACAAGGAGGACUGGAUCAAGGCAUUCCAGCAAACGAUCGCUGUUUUCCAACAGAAGAAUGAGACGUUUAAAACAGCAUCUAAGGACAUUGAGGAGGUUUCGACGGCUGAGUUGGGGAAGCGUGCCCCUCGCUGGAUCAGGGAUAAUGAGGUGACCAUGUGUAUGAAGUGCAGAGAGCCGUUUAACGCUCUAACGCGGCGGCGACACCACUGCAGAGCCUGUGGCUUCGUGGUCUGCUGGAAAUGUUCGGAGUACAAGGCGCCUCUGGAGUAUGACGCAAACAAGAUUAACAAGGUGUGCAAGGACUGCUUUUCCAUCCUCACUGGUCACUCAGAGGAGAAGGAGGGCAAGAAGAAGGGCAUCUUAGAGAUUGAGGCGGCGCAGUUCUCGGGCAGCAGCAUCAUGUGUGGCUUCCUGCAGUACUGUGAGAAGAAUAAGCCCUGGCAGAAGGUGUGGUGUGUCAUCCCAGAAAAAGAGGCGCUGGUGCUCUACCUGUACGGAGCACCACAGGAUGUGAAGGCCCAGUCCACCAUUCCUCUGCUGGGGUACACCGUGGAGGACAACCCCAAGGCAGCCGACGCCCCUGCCAGCUUCCGCCUGUCCCAGUCCAAGUCGCUCCACUGCUUCUUCGCCGAGAAUGAGGAAGUCAAGCAACGCUGGCUCAGGGUCAUCCGCGUCGCUGUGACGGGGGAGGUACCCGAGUCGCCGCUGCACCACGGAGAAGCCACGCCUCCAUCUACCGACUCUGCCAAUCAGACGCAGCCCAAUUCAGACAGCCUUUGAGGGAACUUUACACACAUAUGGGGAUGCUCAUAGGAGACCACCUUGGAACUCUCACAGCAGAGCAUAUGCAUCUAUGUGUAUAUAUACUGUAUAUGUGUGUGUGUGUGUGUGCGCGCACAAACGCAAACAUUGGCUGGAUUCAUAUAUAACUGCGCACACACACAUGCAGAGACACAUAAUGAGCUUUGAAGUUUCCUGUAAAUUAGAAGUUCAAUCUGGCGAACUGGGCUCAGCCACAAAACACUAGAGGACUCGGCAUACCACACAGCUGUCCACUCAAGGCCCGCCUCAUUCUCUCUCCUUCUGGAAGGAUCUAUGCUUUCCAUACCACACACUCCCUCACCCUUGACAUCUCCAUGACCUUUGAACUCCCAACUGCAUACACACAAGUGGAUUAUGGGAUUGCUUAUCAGCGUGUGUCGGUGACGCACUGGUUCCUCCUGCCGUGUACGAGUGGACUCACUGUGGUGACCAAGAGCUCCCACAGAGAGAGAGAGAGAUAGAGAGAGAGAGAGACGUAUGGGAAAGAGCUGUUCUGAAAACCUGUCUCUCUCGCCAUGCGAAGUGCCAAACUAGCGCAGGCUAAGCGCCUGCCGUUUCUCUCGGAGCCCAACUGAAUCCCGUCGUGAAAGACUCCAGUCCACGCUGGCCAGCUGUCUGUAGUAAAUAGCUCCCUGCCCCGUUACUCAAGAGUUUCCUGAGAAGCUUCAAACUCUUACCAGCAUAGCAAAGGACAGCAUGUCUCUCACCGUCCAUCAGGACUCCAGAAGUGGCAUCAACAACAGUGUAACCAAAAUCCCUUCAACCAGGGGACUAGUGGGGCCCAAACCCCUACUCUAAAUACUCCUCCCUUAUUAUAUAAAUCACUGGACCUGCUUUAGAAAGGAGUGUAUAUGUGUGUGUGUGUGUGUGUGGGGGUGGGGGGAGUGGGGCAGUUCCCGGCUUGCAAAGUCUGAUGGGAAGUCAGCCAUGUGGAGAAGUGUUACACACACACAUGCGGCGGAUGUGCCUCCUCUGAGGACAAUGGACUAGCGUCAGGAGAAUGAUGUGACUGUUUCUGUACCUGCGCUUCCAAAUGGCCAAUGUGCGAAUGUGAGAUUCCUUGUGGGGGUUGUCCUCCUCCCAAGAUGGCAAUAGGCUCGGGAAUGGGCCGCCUCAGAUAAGGUCAAUCUGGGUUAGAUUCCUUGCAGAGCCUGUGCCCACUCUUGCCAGCUGUAUGAUACUCAGUAUUGCAGAAGAUGUGUGUGGGGAUGUUUGUGAUUGUGAGUGAGAAACUUCCUGUAAAUGUCUAUCAUAUGUGUAUACAGAGCACGUUUCUACUGACCAUCCUUUUUAUAGGCAACUGACCCCCCCCCCCCCCCCUCCUAAAACUGGGGUUAAGUACUGCUGAGGACACUUCCUGUGUUAUUAAAUAGGACUUCCUGUCGGCAGUCAGCACAAUCAGACACACACGGGCUCGGUGGUGUGGAGAGAAAAAUUUACUCUUUUUUUAAGUAUUGUAAUUAAUGUAUUAUUUAAGAUAAUUUAUAGAGGUAUAUUGUGCAUGGUUUUAAAGAGUAGCACAACAAUUUUAAAAAAGCAACAAACCGUUCUUUCAUCUGUUAUGACUCCAUCCUUUUAUUUUAUGAUUUCCCUACAAGUUAUUUUUAGACUUUAGUAGCAUAUAGGCUUACAUCCGCAGACUGAUGAACAUAAUGUCUUCAAUUGUGUCACGCAAAUGAAUUCCCCUUCCUAUGAGUUCUCCUGUUCUGCUCGUUGGGCCUGAGACGUUUCUGUGAUGGGGGGGUUGAAUGGGGACACAGACACAACCAACAACAUCCCAGACCUGAACUGUGUCCCAAAUCUUCUACAGGCCACA